UCCAUAACUAAAAGAGCGACCAUGUGGGGUUGCGGUUUCUGCGCCGGCUUGUUAAUGACAUGGGAUGCGCGAGCCAGCCACAUCGGCGGUCACUACGAAACUGGAAGCAAGAAGUCGGACUGGGACUUUUCAAAAGUUAUUCGAGGUUUACUACGACUAACAAAAAUAUUUGAUACCUGGCGGUCUUUAUUGCUUCGCAUCCACGGGCCGUCAAGUGAGAAUUAGCCUCGGUUUGAAUGGUCAAAGGAGUCUUCUGGGGAGCUUUUGAAGAGUCUACAGUGUGCAGAUCUUGAAGAAAGCGCAACUUACAUUGCACAAUUGGCGUACGAUAUUGGCUUACCUGCAAACUACGGAGAUGGAUUGAACACAAUUUUGACUUAUUCGGAUCUUUAUUCAUUCACUGAAGAAGCUACGGCUCAAGAAUUUCUGGUCGGCCCACCAGGACGUUCUGUACCGACUUUCCCAAACACAUCGAUCGACACUAACGAAACAUUUCGGUUCGACACACCUUUGGAGACCUCAGUAGAGGCGACAGUCGAGGAGGUGCAGGGUGAAAUUUGUGGCACAUCAGAAGAAGACCAGGUUAUUAGUGGCUAUCAUCAAAGUCCGAAGGAGUAUACCACUCCCUGCGCAGAGAUUUUCGUUCCUGCAGCGUGGUCUUGGUGGCCAGAACUUCCUCC